UCUAAUUGCUGGCGCAGGGACUUUCCUGCUUGCUGCAGGUAGCCGCGGGGCAAAGGGCGCAGCGUAGCUCGCUCUGGUGCACUGGGCUGCGAGUUGCAUGGCCUCUCGCGCGCUCCCGGGACCCUGUAAUGCGCACAAGGUCCCCGGCUCGCCGCUGGCAAUGCUGCAGCGAGGUUCGUGAGCUUCCUUUGGCACCUUCCCUCCCCCUCUGAGCGCGCCGAGCAACCUGCUGCCGCCGAGUUUGUUUGGAGCGGGAGAGUCUCUCCCGGGCGCGGCAGCCUGCUGGCGGAGUGACUGGCGAGCCCCUACAGCCGGGGGGCUCUCAUCCCUGGCUGGACAGCCUUAGAAACAGGGGAAGCGGCCCUGCACACCGUGUGCCCCCCGGAGAAAGGGAGAUGGAUUUCGCAUUGUUUCUCUGCUGAGCAGCUCCAGCCGGGCGCUGGGGCCGCGGGACAUGGGCUCUUCGCCUUUGUCUCCCGAGUGAGCGAGCCCUUCCCACGCUGCCUUUGUGAGCCGAGCCCCGGCCGGGAACAUGGAUGUGACCAUUUCCGAGCUCCUGGAGCUCUUCCUGCAGAGCCCUUUGGUGACCUGGGUGAAGACAUUUGGACCAUUAGGGAAUGAAAAUGAAGACACAUUGUCUAUGUAUAUGGAUCUGGUAGAUGGCGUCUUUCUGAACAAAAUCAUGUUGCAAAUAGAUCCACGUCCGACAAACCAGCGUGUCAACAAGCACGUCAAUAAUGAUGUCAUUCUCCGAAUCCAAAAUCUGACCAUCCUAGUCAGAAACAUCAAGAUUUAUUAUCAGGAAGUCCUCCAGCAGCUGAUCGUAAUGCAUUUACCAAAUGUUUUAAUGAUUGGCAAAGAUCCUCUUUCCGGUAAAAGUAUGGAUGAAAUUAAGAAGAUGUUGCUGUUGGUGUUGGGCUGUGCUGUACAGUGUGAAAGAAAGGAAGAGUUUAUUGAAAGAAUAAAACAACUGGAUAUUGAGACCCAAGCUGCAAUUGUUUCACACAUUCAGGAAGUGACUCAUAACCAGGAGAAUGUGUUUGACUUGCAGUGGCUGGAGCUCCCAGAUAUGGCCCCUGAAGAACUGGAGUCUCUCUCAAGGAAUAUGGUUUUUCAUCUCAAGAGGCUUAUUGAUGAGAGAGAUGAGUGCACAGAACUGAUUGUGGAUCUCACUCAGGAGAGAGAUUAUCUUCAGUCUCAGCAGCCAUCAAGUCCUCAGAAAACAUCUAGUCCAGAUUCUUCACCAAACCUAGCCAAUCAACUCUCCAGUGAAGACAAGCAGCACCUGGGUGUUGAGCUGGCAGACAUGAGAGCGAAACUGAGAAGGGUGCGACAGGAAUUGGAAGAAAAGUCUGAGCAACUUGUGGACACCAAGCAUGAAGCAGAACAGCUUGUGCUAGAGCUGCAGAAAAUAAAACAAGAAAACAUCCACCUGGCAGCUGAUGCACGCUCUGCCCGAGCAUAUAGAGAUGAACUGGACUCACUGAGAGAAAGAGCAAACCGAGUCGAGAGACUUGAGAUGGAAUUGGUCCGGUGUAAAGAGAAACUGCAUGAUGUGGAUUUCUAUAAAGCUCGUAUGGAGGAAUUGAGAGAAGACAAUAUCAUACUAAUUGAAACAAAGGCCAUGCUAGAAGAACAGUUAACGGUAGCAAGAGCUCGCGGUGAUAAGUUGCACGAACUAGAGAAGGAAAACUUGCAAUUGAAAUCCAAACUUCAUGAUGUAGAACUGGACCGGGACACAGACAAGAAGCGAAUUGAAGAGUUGCUGGAAGAGAAUAUGGUACUGGAGAUAGCACAAAAACAGAGCAUGAAUGAGUCUGCACACCUGGGCUGGGAACUAGAACAGCUGUCAAAGAGCACAGACCUCGCAGACACUAGAAAGUCCUUUGUGUUUGAGCUAAACGAGUGUGCAUCGAGUCGCAUUCUGAAGCUAGAAAAGGACAAUCAGAGUCUUCAAAACACCAUCCAAGAGCUCAGAGAUCUCUCUCUGACCACAGAAGAGACCAGCCUAAAGUUUGUAGAACUGGAAAAGGAGAAUCAGCAACUUAGCAAGAAGAUUGAGAAGUUGCAAAAUCAGAUUGAAAAAGAGAAACAAAGCAACCAAGACUUGGAGACUUUCAGCGAGGAGCUGAUGAAAGAGAAAGAACAGUUACAGGGUGUUAUGGAGACUGUAAAAGCCGACAAAGACAGACAGAUAAAGGAUCUCAAACAAGAGAACGACCACCUCAACCAAGUGGUUUUGUCCUUGAGACAGAGGGCUCAAGUUAGUAGUGAGGCCCGAGUAAAAGACAUUGAAAAGGAGAACAAGAUGCUUCAUGAAACAGUUACAGAGACUAGUAGCAGGCUCAGCAAGCUGGAGUUUGAGAAAAAACAAUUGCACAAAGAUUUUGAACAGGUUAAAGAAAAGGUAGAAAGAGUGGAGGAAAUGGAAAAAGAGCUCCACCGGCUAGAGAGGGAGAACGAACAGCUUACAAAGAAGGCAGCAGCCAUGAAAAUUGUGACAGAGAAAGUUGAGGCUCUAGAGCAGGAAAAUGGGGAUCUGGAGGUAGAGAACAGGAAGUUGAGGAAGUCCCUGGACACGUUUCAGAAUGUUUCCAUCCGGCUAGAGGACCUGCAGAGGGACAAUAAGCAACUGGAUGAAGAGAACUUGGAGCUCAGGAGGAUGGUAGAGACUAUGAGAUUUACCAACACAAAAAUGGUUCAGAUAGAGGCAGAAAACAAAGAGCUGGGGAGGGAGAAAGAAGAGCUAAGGAAAAAUGUGGAGAUGUUAAAAACACUGGGCAAGAAGUCGGAAAGGCUGGAGCUGAGCUAUCAGAGUGUGAACUCUGAGAAUCAGAGGCUUCAGCAGAUUCUAGAAAGCAGCAGCAAAAAAAACCAAGAGCUAGAGAAAGAGCUACAGGAAAUGGAAAGUGAAAAUCAGGUCCUCCAGAGAAAACUUGAAGAGCUGAAGAUUUCCAGCAAACAGCAGGAGAGGUUAGAAAAGGAGAACAAAGUGCUGGAGCAGGAGGUGUCUCAACUGGAGAAAGAUAAAAAAAUGCUGGAAAAGGAAACAAAACGGCUUUGGCAGCAGGUGGAGUUGAAAGAUUCUAUUUUGGAUGAUAAUACAGUAAAGCUGGCAGCUUUGGAGAAGGAAAACAGAACACUUGAAAAAGAAAUUGCUCGAUUCAGAGACUCAUCUAAUAAGAUGAAAGAAUUUGAAAAAGACAAUAAAGAUCUUAUAAAGCAAGUUACCAUUGAUAAAAGAACACUAGCUACAUUGAGAGAGGAUUUGGUCCUUGAAAAAUUAAAGAGACAACAGUUGUCUAGUGAGAUGGACAAACUGAGCCAAGAGCUGGAGAAGAUUGGACUGAACAAAGAGCUGCUGCUACAGGAUGAUAAUGGCAAUGACAAAAAAUACAAGCUUCUGGAAAGCAAAAGUGAAUCCGCACUAAAGACAACACUAGCUAUUAAAGAAGAAAAGAUUGUAUCAUUACAGGCUCAAGUGGAAGAGUCUCUUAACUUGAAUCAGCAGUUGCAGAAUGAGCUAAAUACAAUAAAGAAGGAUUUUGAAGUUCUUAAACAAAACCAAGAAGAUGGGCCACGUGUGCAGAACUUGUUAAAAUCUCCUGCAGAAAAAUGUGUUUCUAGCCACCAGAAUAAAGAGAAGUGGGAAGUGGGACAUCAAGAAACAACAAUGGAACUGCUGAAAGUGAAAGACAGGGCUAUAGAGCUGGAAAGGAAUAAUGCAGCCCUUAAUGUUGAGAAGCAGCUGCUUAAAGAACAGCUGAAGCAUUUGGAAAUGCAGAACCUCUCUUUCAACAACCAAAUCCUGACACUACAGAAGCAAAAUGUCUUCCUUCAGGAGCACAACACAGCUCUGCAAACCCAAACAGCCAAGCUCCAGGUAGAAAAUUCAACUCUGAGCUCCCAGAGCACUUCACUGAUGGCCCAGAAUGCUUUACUUCAAAACCAGCAGACAGCUAAGGAAAAUGAGAAUGAAAAUCUACUGAAACAGAAAGACCAGCUCAAAGCUGAGUAUGAGUCUCUGCUGCAGGACCACGAAUACCUUGCUUCACUGCAUGAGAGACAGUCCACAGAAUAUGAAAUGCUAAUAAAGCAGCACAGCUGCCUGAAAACAUUGCACAAAAAUCUGGAAGUCGAGCACAAAGCUCUUGGGGAAAGGUACAACAGUUUAGAAAAACACAAGGCAGAAUUGGAAGAGUUGGAAAAUGUUCUAAGAACUGAGAGAGAGGUUCUGCAACAAGAAAGGAGAACAAAUGCAAUCGCCACUGGAGAAAAUCAAAAGCUGAGAGAAGAGCUGGACAGGAUAAAUUUCUUGCACAGCCAACUAAAGACAGAAUACGAGGGACUGCAUGCACACACUAAGGAGUUGAAAACCUCACUGAAUAAUUCUCAGCUGGAGCUGAAUCGCUGGCAGGCUCGCUAUGAUGAGCUGAAGGAGCAGCACCAGUCCAUGGAUAUCUCCCUGACCAAGCUUGAUAACCACUGUGAGCUGCUUACCCGUCUGAAAGGAAAUCUGGAAGAAGAGAACCAUCAUCUCCUGAGUCAGAUCCAGAUGCUCAGUCAGCAGAACCAAAUGCUACUGGAACAAAACAUGGAGAACAAGGAACAGUAUCAUGAAGAGCAGAAGCAAUACAUUGAUAAAUUAAAUACAUUAAGGAGACACAAAGAAAAACUGGAAGAAAAGAUAAUGGACCAGUACAAGUUUUAUGAUCCUGCUCCAAAAAAGAAAAACCACUGGAUUGGAGCCAGAGCCUUAGUCAAACUGAUCAAGCCAAAGAAAGAGGCCCCAAGGGAACGAUUGAAAUCAUCAGUGGAGAGUCCACAAUGGCAAUCUGAAUCCACAGAGACAGCAGCAUCUCCAUCUUUUCACAGUUCCCCUGCAUAUGUUGCAUAUAUUUUAGUUAUUUCUGGGUUUUUUUGUUCACUAUUUUUCUUCUUCUUCUUUUUGGAAUACCUGGGUGAUAACAAUUUAGCUGCUCAACGCAAAAAGAUUGCCUUUUUGAGAAGCAAAAGCAAGGACAAAGAAAAGUCUCCUAAGUCUCCAUCGAAUCAUCAGUCUUUCACUAAUCGUCUGCGUAUUGCACACUAUGGAUCAUUUCUUCAAUGCAGUAUACUUGUAGGGGACCUCAUGACAUACAGUACGCAUAUUAUACUGGCUGUGGUGCACGUCAUAACAUUAAUGGAUCUAAAACAAAACCAAGUUUCCCAACGUGGAAGCAUCAAUGAUUGUGUUGAAAAUUCACCAGAUUCUGCCACUAAGCAUCCCUGCAUGGAUCUGGGCUCCAGGACGUACUCUACCUCAGCCAUCCACUUGACCACUUUAAGUUCUACUCCCACUUCCAGGCACCAAAGCAAACCCAAAGGAUAUAAUUCAGAGGAUAAUCUUUGUGAGCAAUUCCCUGAGGUAGAGUUUUCAAGAAACAGACAACAUGUUUCCAAACCAAAUAGUUUAGAGAGCAGUCGAAAUGCAUCUAGCAAUAGCUCACCUCUCAACUUGAAAGGUUCUUCAGAACGUGUCUAUGGCAGGUCCGAGAGCCUCAGCAGUGAAGAUAUGGUGCUGAGUAGAGACACACCUGCCUUGCCCAGAGACACCCACAUCUCUCAUUCCACUUCUGCCAUCUUAAGCUCUAACAGCAAACAAGACUCCUCCCUUCACAGGAGCAGCUCAGUCUCUUAUGACAUACCUCAGAGGAGUUACUUAGCCCACUCCUAUGCUGGUAGGCAGCAAUCUGCUUCUCCUGGCAGUGAAAUGGUGACUCUGGAAGAGUUUCUGGAAGAGAGCAACGGGUUUUCCCCACUGAAUGACGCUUUUGGUAGCAGAGAUGAAUUGCUGAGUGAUUAUUUUAGAAAAGCAAAUGAGCCCCUUCCUAUUGGGAACCAAGUUGGUCAGUCAGGUAGAAAGGAAGCAGCCAAGAUGCCUACUAGCUAUGUGUCACCAACUAUAAAGAAGAACAUCACCAGCGAAGAGGGGAGAGUGGCUAAACCUGGACAUUAUGUCAAACCAAACCUUAGACCAGUUGAACCUGAGCCACUUUCAAACUCCACAGGAUCUCUUAAACUUCCUCCUACAGCACCACAUCAGCCACUCAGUGGGGUGAAGCAGAUGGCACAACCGCAGCACACCAGCACGAUGAGCCAGAGGAAUGCUUCACUGAGCAGAGCAUUUAGUCUGGCCUCUGCAGACCUCCUGAAAGCCACAGGCCCAGAGAUGUACAGACAGGAGAGCUCUCAAAAGCUAGGUGCAGAUGUGUGUGUGGGCAAAGACUUGGGCAGUCAGACCGUACGGCUUUCUGUGCCCCCAGGCUCUCACCCUACCAUACGAGACAGGCCACAGUCUGCAAAAGCAGCAGGCGCCUUGCAAGGUGUUGAUUCCCGUUGUCGGCAGCUUGAUGUGCGACGUCUUUCUCUGGCAGCUCCAAAGGAAGAGAGGCCUCUCUCUUUCCAUCAGUUCUCUGCUUCUGCUGCUGCUUCUGCCAACAGUGUGCAGGAGCGAGUGAGUGCAGUGCCGGUGCAACACUAUUCACCCACACAAUAUACACCGGCAAAAGUCAAAUCCAAGCCAGCCUCACGUUCCGGGGAAGUGGCCACCGUGAUUCCUGUCAGAGCUGCCUCUAGUAACACUGAGAGUGAAGGUACCCAAGGGCCAAGCCUGAAUGAUGCCCUCAACACCAAAUGUCAGAGUAGGUCGCUAGAAGGCCAUGCUGGUGCAGGGGCUAUAGAAGAAUCCAAUAGAGGGGGCAGCUCCAAGAGCACUCCUGGAUCUCCAGAUCCCCAUGGGGACCAGCAGACUGUCUGGUAUGAGUAUGGAUGUGUGUAAUCCAUUGAUUCUCUUGGCAACAUGUUUUGAGUAGUGACAUUUGGGUGGAAUUUGCUUGUGGUAUUUGUCAAAACACUGUGGCAGGUCUUAAAAGGCAUUACCUGCACCUCAUUAUCUAGUUCGUUUAUAUGCCUUCCAGCCAUCGUUUUUUAACGGAAUAAAAGACAUUUACAUGAUUAAAACAAAGAACUGAACAGCCAAACCAGGGCCUUUCCUUCACACUAUAGUGCCUGAAACGGAGUGGAUCCCCUGUCGACUCCCCAAAAAGACAUCGGGCCUAAUUUUCAGAAGUGCUGAGCACCCACAAAUCCAGGUGAAAACAACCGUAUCUGUGAGGGCUCUCCACUCUGACAAUUGGUCACCGCCUCUCCCUAUUGCCCUGUCCCAUGCUCCCCCAGAUUCUGCAUUAAAGAAAACAUUCAUGGGUCAAAUUUAACUGGCUUAAGCUAGCAUAAAAAAAAUCAUAUAAAAACCACACUCCUCUCUGGGGAAGAGACAAACACUUGCAGUGACCUAAGAAAAGCUGAAGGUCAAAAGUGCGCUGCUUUGCAGUGAGUCUAAGUAAAAGCAAUUAUGUUUGUAACAGCUGCGUUUUAUAAAUAGGAGGAGUAGAAUUCAAGGGUCUCAUCUUAACCUUUCACAUUGGGAACUGUUUGAUUACAGAGGUCAGUGUACUUGCCUCACUGCCUCCACUACACGCACAGUUCAGCGGAUCCUGGAUUCUGAAAACCAAGUGGUGCUGCCUUUUGAAACUUGUUUUAUCUUUUAUACAAACACUGGAACUGAUAAAGCCUGUUCAGGGAUAUGCCUGAUUCCAAUGGCAUUGCAAAGAUGGCAUCCCAUGCACAAAGGUGACUUGUACAGAUGUAUAUGAAAAGUUAAAUCAUUGUAAAGGAGUGUUGUUUGUAAACUAUAUUAAUAAAUGUGCUAUCACUUUUUGCAUCCCUUUAAUUACCCAUGUCUGAAGUAAUAUAUAGGAAUCUCUCCCUUAGAUUAAGUCUUUGUUUCUGUCUUAAAGAACUUGUUUAGUGUAGAAACCAAAAUAUUGUUAUAUACACGUGAAAUAAAUCUAAUUUUAAAAAUCUAUUUAUGUUCAUAUAAAAUUUCUUUUAUAUGUCUGUCAGGAGUUUCAUUAGCUGCUUAUGUAUAUAUGAUGAAAUGUGUAUCUUUAAUUCUAUUUCAUGUUUGUAAAGGUGUUUUCUUUUUGAAAGACUAAAUCCCUGAAAAACGUUAAGAUUUUUCGAACACUGGUUCUGAUUUAAUAUUGUAAAAUAUACAUGUAAACAAUUUUAAACUGAUAUCAGUUUGCCUAGCAAUGUUUCUGUUAUAUAGUAUGUAGCAAUCACAUUCUGAAAAUUACAGGAUUGUUUAUA